AUGGUGCUGGCUGAAUUGGGCCAACAGAUCUCGGGAGCUCUUAGGAGCCUGCAGAGCGCCACCAUUGUCGAUGAAGCCGUUGUGACGGAGUGCGUAAAGACGGUCUGCCGGGCGCUGCUGCUGGCAGAUGUGCAGCUGCGAGUAGUGCAGGACUUCAGGCGGCGGGUGACGCAGCAGAUAAACUCGCAGAUCCAGCAGCAGAGCAGCAGCAGCAGCAGCAGCAGCAGCAGCAGGAAGAAAACUGCUGCAGCAGCAGCUCCCAAGGCCGUUGAUGCUGCCAGCGGCACUGUGGGGCCCGCGGGGCCCCAGGGCGACGUCAUGGCUGAGGUGUACAUACAGGCAGCAGCAGCAGGAGUCAACACCAGACGCAUUAUUCAAAAGUGCGUGGUGGCGGAGCUGGCUGCGCUGGUGACGCCCAGCAAAAGCCCGCGGGCGUUGAAGCGCGGCAGCACAAAUGUGGUGAUGUUCGUGGGCCUCCAGGGCGCGGGCAAAACCACCACCUGCACCAAGUUCGCACUGCACUACCAAAGGAAAGGCUACCGCACGGCGCUGGUCUGCGCAGACACUUUUAGAGCUGGUGCUUUUGACCAGCUGAAGCAAAGCGCCACUAAGGCCCGAAUACCCUUCUUUGGCAGCUACACGGAGGCGGACCCCGUGAAGAUUGCCGUGGAGGGAGUACAGCAGUUUCGAGAUGAGAAAUAUGAUUUGGUGAUUGUGGACACUUCGGGGAGGCACCGACAGGAGGCGGCGCUUUUCGAAGAGAUGCAGCAAGUCGCCGAAGCAGUGGCCCCCGACGACAUAGUGCUGGUAGUGGACUCGCACAUAGGCCAGGCUUGCUUCGAACAAGCUGCUGCUUUUGCUGCUAGUGUUUCUGUGGGAAGUGUCAUAAUAACAAAGCUGGACGGCCACGCCAAGGGCGGAGGGGCUCUUUCCGCCGUCGCUGCAACGGGAGCGCCAAUUAUAUUCUUGGGGAGCGGCGAACACUUCGACGACUUUGAGCCGUUCGAUCCGAAUUCCUUUGUCUCGAGGCUUCUUGGGCUGGGCGACGUGGGGGGGCUGGUGAGCAGCCUGAAGGAAGUGAUAUCUGUGGAGAAGCAGCAGCAGAUGAUCGAUCGCAUUUCGAAGGGGAAAUUUACGCUGCAGGACAUGUACGAACAGGUCCAAAAUGUCCUCAAGAUGGGGCCCAUAAGCAAGGUUAUGAGUAUGAUCCCGGGGUUGGGCUCCAAUUUAAUUCCCAAGGGCCAGGAGCGGCUGGCGGCUCAGCGGCUGAAGCGGCUGACGUGCGCGAUGGAUUCAAUGACGAAGGAGGAACUUGCAUGCGAAAAGCAGUUCACAGACUCCCGCAUCUUGAGGGUCGCUAAGGGCUCCGGCACUUCUGUGGCCGAAGUGCGGCUGCUGCUGGAGCAGCACAAACAGUUCAGCAAAAUGGUGGCGAAGAUGGGCCGCGCGGGCCUCACCAAGGAGUCUUCGCUGCAGUCGCUCGCCCGCAACCCCAGCCAGCUGCUGCAGAAGAUGCAAACUGCUGUAGACCCUCGUCUUCUGAAGCAGAUUGGGGGCCCCGGCAACAUCGUCAACAUUCUCAAGGAAUUCCAGUCGGGGGAGAUGGGAGACAUGCAGGAAAUGAUGAAGCAGCUGGGGGGCCUAGGCGCGCGCUGA